AUGACGAAAAAAUUACCGGUAGAGAAGAAACUUUCUAGGAAACCAAUAUCAAGAGCUUGCGAAUUUUGUCACUUGAAACAUUUACAAUGCGACACUGGGAGACCUUGUCAAAAUUGUGUCAAGAGAAACAUUGGUAAAGGCUGUAAAGAUAAAGAGAGGAAAACGAAAAAAAGACAAUUGAAAAAUAAUACUUCGAAUUCCGAUCUAGAAAAUAUUCCUAAACAAGUGAAAACUGAUAUUAUACCUGGUCCAAUAAGAAUGACGCCAACGACUGCUAUAUACCAACAAAACAAUGAUUUUUCAAUUAAAAAAAUUCACAGUCUGACAACAAUAUUAAACAGCACAAAUUCAUUCUUAGGAACAGAUUUUGUGAAUACAGGGAAUAUUGAUGAUCCAAAAAAUGAAAUUAAUAACCCACCAAGUACUUUAUCAAUAUCUACAAAUGGUUCAAACCCUGAUUCGACAUUUGACAGUAUCUGGGCCGGGGAUGAAUAUAAAAAAUUAAAUGAUAUUAUAGGUCUGGGUAGGGCGUCUGGAUUGAGUCUAUCUCACCCAAAUACUGAAACAGAAAAGGGAAUAGUCCAUGUUAAUUCAAUUUCUAAAAUAAAUUCAAGACCUUUCAUAUCACUUAGUAUAGAUUCGACUGGCGGCUCUAUUGAUGAAUAUAACUUACGUUACAGUAUACCGAGUGACUCUACAAAAUUUAAACAGCUGAAAAUAGAUACCAACGAGUCAUUCUUAUCUCCAUAUAUGUUUAGGAAAGCAAUAAAGACACCUAAAGAAUUUCAUGAGAAACGAAGUACAAUACUGCCUCACAAUUACAGAAUUGGUUACCGUUAUCUUUUAAAGACCUUACAUAAUAUGUUUAUUAACGAAACAACACUGGAUGCAGAAACCUUAUCUAUCAGAAAGCAACAAGUUAGUUAUAUUGUGAAAUCAAUAUUAGUGAAAUAUACUGAAAAUUUCAUUUCAAUUUCUUCGAAUAUGGUAGAGGAAGAUUUACUAUUACAAGAACUUACUUUGCAAAGGACACUUUUAGAAUUUGAAAGUAUGUCAAGACUUGUACCUGCGACACCUAUCGCUAUAUGGCGUAGAACAGGUGAAAUUUGUUAUAUUAGUUCUGAAUUUACCUCCUUAACUGGGUUCACUAAAAAGGAAGUACUCAACAAAAGAAGCUACAUCUUCGAGUAUAUGGAUCAUGAAUCAGUAAUACACUAUUUUGAAACAAUAUAUAAUAAAUUGUCAUUCAAUAUUAGCUCUAACGCAGCUAAAUUUUCUAGUAGCAAUAAUUUUUUAUUCACUAAAUGUAAUCUAUUGUUGAAUAACGGAUCUUUUUUGAAAUGCGUUUGUUGUUGGACUGUAACGAGAGAUACAUUAAAAAUCCCCGUACUAUUCACAGGUCAUUUUAUGCCAAUAUUUGAUGUUCAAUAA